AUGAGAUUUGUCUCGACUAUCUUGUUUUCUACAUUGGUCAUCAUCAGCGCCAAUGCCAACCACCUUCCAACUGCAGACUUUGGAGAAGGCUGCCUUAAUGUGCAAGAUGAUGGAAGCAGGGCUCAAGUCCCUGAUUUUGAAACCCAUGAUUCAUUCUUGGUAUCUCCGGAAUCUCGAUUCCGUUUCAGCUCCGAUGGCCGCCAUGACAACCAAGCUGUGCGAGUCGAACCCACUGUGAAAAUUGUUUCAGAUGACAAUGCGUGGUCUAUUGAUGCUUUCAGCACUACCUAUCAACAUGAUGAACAUGAGGCUUGGUACAAGAGUAAUAAUCAUGGAAAAUUUGCUGCUAGUCCUACUUGGAGCUCUGAAUCUGUCUGCCAAUGCCGAUGCACACCAUACUUUUCAGAUUUGGGGACCAGGAAAGAUUGGUGUUCAAUUUUUGACAACAGCCAUCAUCCUCACGUUGACUUUCUGGGUGGAAUCAAUGAAAAUCAGAGUGUCAACUCUCUUGACCACAAGCCAUGUUGCUUCAGCGCCGAUAAGUUGAAGAGUAUGGGACCAACUUUAAACUUUGCAAGUCUCUGCCAUGUCCUAGAAACCGAGGCUGGUUCCAAUGGCGACCCGCACUUCAAGACUUGGCACAAUGAACACUUUGCAUCUCACGACACUGGAGUUACAUCAAGAGUGCCGUCAUUCAUUCGCAUUGGCAAUGCUAUUUUGGAGAUUGAAGGCUCUGCUCUGGAGUUUGAUUCUGUGACUCACUAUUGGAUCAACUACGAGUACCAAGGAGAACUUACCGAGUUUGCUGGGUUUCCAGUGAAGAUGUUCUCUCAACAAGGAACGGCAAUCACCAAGAAUCGAAUCGAGAUUGACUUUGAGUUCUAUCUAUCCAGGACGGACAAAAGAUUGUUUUUUCUACCUAUAAGGAGUUUGUCCAGGUUUCUUUCGCGAAUGCAAAUGAAGAAUCGUUUGGAAACGAGUGUUGUUAUGUUGGGUGACUUCAAUACUGGCCAAACUUUGGCUCGCGAUGGCGUUACUGUGCUCGACGACUUUACCGAGCUUGGACAUGAAUGGCAAGUCCUUAGAAUUCCAUCGGGCAAGCAUUUGUUCCGUGUGAAGCGCCUUCACCUCAAAUUUCCCGAAACAUGCAUUGAUCCCGAACAUCCACGUGGGGAUCGUCGUCGUCGUCGUCGUCGUCGUCGUCAUUUGGAUAGUUCUUUUGUUAGUGAGGAGGAAGCCGAGGCUGCCUGUUAUGGACUCAAGGAUGAGUUGGACCGUAAGGACUGUGCUGUGUAUGACAUCUUGGCCACACCCACAAGAUUUGGACAUGGCUGGAGCCUACCAACUGAUUGGCUUGGGUCUCGUCGAGAUAUUUGUAGAUUUCCCCUCUCUCGCUUUGAAUAA